AUGCUCCAACGGGAGGUGGAGGCUCUACUGCGCUUCAGAUUGUUGGCCCCUUCCAAUUCCUCACAGAUUCUGUCCCAGGCCCUGCAGCUGGGCAUGCCCGAGGUUCGGCGUGCAGGUGAGCUGCUGCUCUCAGCACCCGAGUCUGCACUGUGGCGGGCAGCUUUGCAGAGCCGACUGGUGCUGGGGCUGCGCCUGGGCGUCGGCGACAUUUUCCACGCUGGCUAUGAGUCUACCUUGUCGAACUAUGCGGCUCUGAAAAGUAUUGAGAAGCGCAGGCAGUUCUUUAUGAGCCUGAAGCUGCAGGAGAAGGAGCUGCGCCAAGCGCCUGCUGAGCAGAAUGAAUGCCACCUCAGUGUGGGGGCCACUGCAGUGCCGCAUGCACGUGCGUACGAGCUGGCACUUGAUGAGAAAGAGAUAGACCUGGAGCCGAGCACUCGGAGCCCCUGGCUUCUUGAACCUGCUCAUGCUGCAGCCUGUGUGCUGAAAUCCAACUUCUUGCAGCAUUUGGAGGAGUGCGCUGCGUCUGGGCACAAGCUAUGCAUUUGGGAUCCGUUCUGUGGAAAGGGCACCAUGAUCCUGGAGGCUUUGGGUAUCGCGCUUGGGGUGCCGCCGGCCAGUCCUGCAAUGAUGAUGCCUUUCCAGAACUUUCCGGACUUCAAUCAGAUGCACUUUCAAGAGGUGCUGCAGUCAUUGCAGCUCACACCUCAUCCGCAGAUUCAGCAGCUGCUACUUCUCGGAAGCCAUGAAGGUCACCCAGAGCUGGUGAAACUUGCCCAUCUCAAUCUGCAGGCAUUUGCUCGUUCACUGCCGCGGUCCAGAGGGCCUUCACUGCUAUGGGCCCCUUCACGGGGUGGGGAGGAAGAUAGCAGGUCGCUUGUGACACAUCGCUUGCCUUGCCAAAUCGCCUUCCAUUCACUUCCUGCUGCUACAGUGGCUGAGCAGAUUCGGGGUCACCGCCCCUUGAUCAUGACGAACGUACCUUAUGGCAAAAAGUCUGAAGCUCGAAAAGAUCAGCGUGCGUACAAGCGCUUUGGCCAAAUGGUUAAGAGCUUGGAUGUGAAGGGAGCCUACUGCCUUUCAGCUCGCGAGGACUUCAAAAAAUUGUCCGGUUUAGACUGGAGGACUGAGCUACGCUUUUCUUCUGCUGGGGUCUGGCUAGAGUUGCUCCGCUGGACUGGGCAGGAGGCGCUAGAGGUAUCAGCUGCUGUGGUGCAGUCUGCCUCAGAAAAAGCUAUUGCUUCAGAAAAGGUGCGAAUCUAUCGUGAUGGCAAGCUGAAGCGCUACGAAAUGCUUCGAGCGGACAGCCUGCCGCUCCUGAAUGGCAGGUAUGAGCCGCGCACGACAACCCUUUCCUUGGCACAGGCCAGGGUAGUGCUUACCGUCGAGCUCCUGGCGGAGUUGCCCAUUCUAUGCUAUACACUGGCCAACCAGGACUCAGAUGAGCAAGCUCCUAUUCUGCAGUAUCUUCUCCGCAAUGGAUGUGACCCGAAUGCUCCGGAUGGCUAUGGUUGCGCACCUUUCUGGUAUGCCACAGAGGCAGGACACGAUGCGGCAGCCAGUUUGCUGCUUUGUGGAGCCCUCAUGGGGUCUUAG